UCUGCCCACUAUAAUUUCUGUUAAGUACACAGUGAGCAAAUAAAGUAAAAUGGACUGUUUUAAAUGCAAUUUGGUAGCAGAUGGUGAGAAGAAUGUAUUUUUUUGUGACAGCUGUGAACGGGUCUUACAUAGGGAGUGUUCUGGACUCUCUCCUACUGAAAUUCGUGUAAUGGAUCUAAAAGGAAAAAGAAUGUUAAAAUUUUUCUGUUCUGAAUGCCAAGAAGGGCUUUCCCGUGUGCCUAAAAUGUACAAAAUAAUAGACAAGUUACAAUCUGAUAUAGAAAGUUUUAAAUGUCAAUUAGAUAAAGUUAGCCAGAAAAAUGGUAACCACAAUAAUGACAGUGAUAAUUCAGAAGCCAUGUAUAGUGAAAUUGCAGAUAGAAUAGAUCGCGCUAGUAAUAUCAUUGUAUAUAACGUACCAGAAAGUUCAAGUAGUGACUUACAGCAGAGAAUUACUCAUGAUAAGUCACACACCUCCGACAUACUAAAAAACUUAGAUGUUAAUGCAUCUAGUUUUAAAUCUAUUCGUUUGGGACGUCUUGGAAACAGACCUAGGCCAAUUAAGGUUAUUUUUAAUGAGGCAAGCUUAGCAUCACAAUGUUUAAAAAGAAAGAAGAACUUACAAAGUGAUCACAAUAUUAGAUUAGGAGCCGAUCAGACAGUUAUGCAACGGGAUUAUAUCAAGAAGAUUUAUAAAGACCUAGACGAAAGAAAAGCUAAAGGAGAAAAGAAUUUAAUAGUCAAAUUUAUCAGAGGGAUUCCGAAAAUCGUAGUUAACAUGAGGAACAACACUAACAUCCAAACUCCAAAAAACUAA